CAUAGAUACCAGAGCACAAAAGACAGAACUGCUGCUGGCAAUACCACAUUUAUUCCGAGGAAAGGGCAGAACAUCAAAUCCCAAGAUGGCAUCGUUUGUCCCCUCAUUACAAAAGAAUACAAAAAUGGCAACACCCAAGAUCAGUAUACCACAGGAUAAGGGAAGAACAUCUGCAGUGUUUGUCCCUCCUUUCAAAAAACAAAGAACUUGUGUCCCAGUGACCUCUGCUUCACCUCUAACCAAAAAGGAUUACCUGCCCCAUCUCUCAGAAACACCCAACAAAACCAACACAUAUGUCUCACCCAUUAUAAAAACAAAAAGCCCUACACAAAUAAUUGGUGGUAACAGGGACGAAAAAAUUCAGGAAUGGAAUGCUGAGCCAACAAAAAGUGAUGUUAAAUCUGGUCCAAACCAUUCUUUUGAUCAUGGAACUGAAGACUUUAAUGCAAAGAAAUCAGAUGCGGAACAUAUGUUACUUGGAAGCCAUGACAUCUUUCAGGAUCUCCAGAGCUUGCAGCUUGCACAGGACAUGCAGGAUAUGAGAAUCCAGAAGAAGAGGCGUCAGACCAUUCGGCCUCUACCAGGGAACUUUUUCCUUGCAAAAACCUCAGGGGUUGAAAGGAUUCACCUGAUGGACGCUGUGAACAAACAGCCCCCUACAAAACACACAAAAAAACAACUCUAUGAAUAUGGAGUCCACCAGCAUGUAUCUGACAUCACCAGUGAGAACGCAGAAUCUUUUCGCUUCAACUGCCAGCAGUUCUUUAAACUGGAAGCGCUCACAGACAGAGGUGUUGUUCAGUUAGCGGAUGGAGGGUGGCUGAUCUCUAGGAAUGAUGGGACGAUGGGGAAAGAAGAGUUCUAUAAAGCGUUAUGUGACACACCAGGUGUGGAUCCUAAACUGAUCAGUCAGGAAUGGGUUUACAAUCACUACCGUUGGAUAGUGUGGAAGCAGGCCUCCAUGGAAAGGUGUUUUCCAGCAACACUGGGUGGCCUCUGUCUCACUCCAGAGCAAAUCCUCCUUCAACUUAAAUACAGAUAUGAUGUAGAGGUGGACCACAGCCGCAGGCCAGCUCUGAGAAAGAUCAUGGAAAGGGAUGACACAGCAGCCAAAACCAUUGUUCUCUGUGUCUGUGGUGUUGUUUCCUGGGGUCAGGACCCAACCACCCAGACACCACGAGCCGUUGAUACCAAAGUUGAAUCUCCAGUUGGAAUUAUAAUGUUAACAGACGGGUGGUACUCUAUCAAAGCCCAGCUGGACGUUCCAUUGACUGCCAUGCUUCACAAGGGCCGUCUUGCAAUUGGUGGGAAGUUCAUCAUCCAUGGAGCUGAGCUGGUGGGAUCCCAAGAUGCCUGCUCACCUCUGGAAGCACCUGAAGCCCUCAUGUUAAAGAUUUGUGCCAAUAGCACCCGACCAGCACGCUGGAAUACUAAACUUGGGUUUCAUCGGGAUCCCCGUCCAUUCCUGCUUCCUGUCUCCUCUCUGUACGACACUGGAGGGCCUGUUGGGUGUGUGGACAUUGUUGUGUUGAGAAGCUACCCAAUACAGUGGAUGGAGAAGAAACCUGACGGAGGCUUUGUGUUCCGUUGUACCCGUGCAGAGGAGAGAGAAGCUAGACGCUACGAUGACAGCAAGCAAAAAGCUAUGGAGCUCCUAUUUGCAAAGAUUCAGGCUGUUGUUGAAAAAGAGGAGAAAGAUACCAACAAACUUCGAGGUCAAAGACGGUCGCUCAGUCAUCAAGACAUUAAGAGUCUUCAGGAUGGAGAAGAGCUAUACCAAGCAAUAGAGAAUGACCCAGUUUAUGUGGAGGCUCAUUUGAGUGAACAGCAGCUGGAGACCCUACAUACCUACACACACACUUUAGCAGAGAAAAGGCAGGCUGAACUGCAAGAGAGAUACCGCUGUGCCUUUGAGAAUGCACAGGAGGACCCGGGUAGCUGUCUGAAACGAAAAGUUACUCCUGUGUGGAGGCUAAGCAUUGUUGACUCCAGAGACCAGCUAAGCAGCAAUGUUUACCUUUUAAAUAUCUGGAGACCAUCAGCAGAUCUGCAGUCUUUGCUGAAAGAGGGUGGUCGAUACAGGGUCUAUAACCUCACCACAUCUAAAGGAAAUAAACUAACUGUUGCUUCAGCUCUUCAUCUUACUGCCACUAAGAAAACACAGUUUCAGGACGUACAGACUACACAGGAAUGGUUGUCUUUGCAUUUUCAACCCAGGAUAUCGAUCAACCUUCGGGAUCUCCGAAAUCCAGAAUUCCACCCAGUUUGUGGAGAGGUUGAUCUUGUAGGAUAUGUCAUCUCUAUCAUAGAUGGACAGGGUUCCUCUCCUGCAUUUUACCUGGCUGAUGGGGAUUUGAAUAUUGUGAAGGUUCGCUGUUUCAAUCCCCUGUCUCAGUAUUGCCUGGAAGACCUUGUAAAGCCAUUUGCACUGUUGGCUCUAAGCAACCUGCAGCUAAGGGCUUGUUCCUCUCUGAUUCCUGUCUUGUAUGCUGGAGAUCGGGUCCUCAUCUCUUCAAACCCCAAGGAAGUGCACUUACAGGAAUCACUCACCCACCUCAGAAAUUUGGUCCAGGGUCAGGUGAACUUCUUUAAGACUGCUGAAGAGAGGCUUUUGAACUUCAGCCAGUGUGACAGGCUGAGCUCCACCUCCCCAGCUCUGCAACCAAAGACUCCAGUUUGCAGAACAGAUGGAGGACACAAUGUCAAGACCUGUGUGCCAUCUCGACAGUCAUUCAGAAGCUUUGGGUCAGUCACGCUGUCGAGCAGGGACACUCCUCCAGCCAACUCCUCAAUAGACACAGACCACAAGAGCUUGAAAAGAAGAAGGGCGCUGGACUUCUUGUCUCGUAUCCCUUCUCCUCCACCACUCUCCUCCCUGGCCACAGUACAUUGCCCAAGGUUAAAGAAGAAAUUCAAUCCCCCUCGGAAGUCUUGCAAACCUAGCACUUUAAAAACAGUUCAAACUCCAGUUUGCCAAACAGUGGAUUCACCUGUUGAUCAGUGGGUUAACGAUGAAGAGCUGGCUAUGAUAGACACUCAAGCAUUACAUGGUGAAAACUGAGGUUUAGGUAACCUGGGAUUAACGUCUUAUUACUUUUAAAAACAUGUUCUAUAACUGACUCGGGAGUUCUUGGAGCUGAUAUUCUGUUUUUCUGUUGGUUUUGUUUUCAGGUUUUUGUAAGUCUCACUUGAUUAAACAGAGGCUAAGUCAAUUUGUCUGUUCUUCCAUGCUGUUCUAUCUUCUACCUCCUUUUCAAUUUGGUCUGCCUUUUUUAUCUACUAUUCAUAAUUUUUAUUUUUUGACGCAAUUACUUUAAAGUGUAACUUCUCCCUCAGGCCUGAGCCUUACUCCACCCACUGCAUACAUUUUGAAGAAUCCUAAAAAGGGGGGAGCGGGGUGAGACAGGAGUAGCUGUGUAGAUCUGCUAGAAGGGCCCGGCGCGCAUCCGGAGUCAGCGGCGCACACCGCCCGUUACCCCCCACCGG